GUGAUUUCUAUGCUUGCUAUCUCGUCUUUGUCUUACAUUUCUGCAUUCUGAGAAUUCUUGCGUCCACUUCCUUCUAUUCGUACUGUACACGAUUUGCUCGGAGCGAAAAAAAUGGAGAACGGAGACAUGCUCACGAUUGCCGCGUCGAUCGCCGUCAUUGUGUGGUCGGUCGUCAUGAACACUCUGUAUGAUGCUGAACAGCACCGCGAAAAGAUGGCUUCCGAAGGAAAGACUGCUGGCCAUCAAAUGCAUGCACAUAUGCUGCAACAGACGAUGUGAGCUUUCACGCAUCCAAAACAACCAGAACGCAAUGUCUUUUCGAAUAGCCGUGCUCGAAUUCAUCAGCGAAGAAGCUUGAGGCAGCAAAGCAGCCUCCGACUUUCUGGAUCUCAACUUCGAUCAACUUCGUGAUCGUGGAAUACCCUGAUCGAUUCCGAAGUCACAGAGGUCCUAUUCUCUCGGCGUGAAACUCCGACAAUCUCACGCCACGGUCUGCACAACAACAUAUCCUGGGUCAGGUCCAUGGUCGGAACCACAAAUCCAAACAUUUGCAGCUUCAGCUCGACUGUGCAAAGCUGUCAUACCCAUGCUCUUUGCUGUCUGGGCUGUCGUACGAUUCUCAUCAAUUGGUGUCCCUCGAAGGCCGCGCAUUCACCCUCUGGCCAUUAUCGUUACGAGGUCCUAUUCGCCUGUAAAGACGCACAAAGGCCCACGGCACUGGGAACCGCAUUGGCCAUGAGUCGGUGCUGCCAUAAGGACCGAUUGGGUCUCCUCUUCACGGCUCAUCCUAUAUCGAUGCUUACUUCAAGUUUUCAUCAUGCUUUGUCAAGCUCCUGUACACCAAGAUGCUGGGUCAGACAGUCUGAGCAGAGGCUCAGUACUGCUUCCGUACUUAAAUCGGAUAGCGGUGGGGAGGUGCUGGAGGAGUCGGUAUCGAAUGUAAUGUGUAAUAUAUGGGCAUCGAGGCUCUGAGGGGUGGUUUGGCUUCUGUGUGACAACCAAUGUUCAGAUCAGAUCUCGGUUGGUGUGUUGAUCAAUCGAAUAUCGCAUCGCAUCAUCCUUCCACUUGUCGUCCGGGGCUAGACGUUUCUUUGCUUCUUUCGACAAUGCACUCUUCAAGUGACAGCCUCGCUCGCUCGCUUCGCUGGCUGACAAAUACUGGGGUCGGUCAUGGAAGAGUAAUUGAGGAGGCAGAGUAAGAGGAGGAGAAAGGCGGGAAAGAGGAGUACAUGUAGGAUCGGCGUUCGCGUUCAAAGUUCCGA